GUUUAUUCAACCAUUUUUAGUAUCUUUCAAAAACAUCUGGUCUCUUUCGCUUCCGCACGAUUUUUCCCUCUUUUCCGGUCAACUGACAGACCUUAGCAACCGCCAAGAUGAGGAAAAUUAUGAAGCAGGGCAAGAUCGUAAUCGUCCUUAGCGGACGUUACGCUGGUCGCAAGGCCAUCAUCGUCAAGACCUCCGACGACGGCACCCCGGAGAAGCCUUUCGGCCACGCUCUGGUUGCCGGCAUCGAUCGCUACCCGCGCAAGGUUACCAAGAAGAUGGGCAAGAACAAGCUGAAGAAGAAGUCCAAGGUUAAGCCCUUCCUGAAGAGCCUUAACUACAACCAUCUGAUGCCCACCCGCUACACCGCGCACGACAUCAGCUUCGAGAAGCUGUCGCCCAAGGACCUUAAGGAUCCCGUCAAGCGCAAGACGCACCGUUUCCAGACCCGCGUCAAGUUCGAGUCCGUCUACAAGGAGGGCAAGAACAAGUGGUUCUUCCAGAAGCUGCGUUUCUAAGCUGGAUUUUCUGGUGUCUGGAUUCCCGUCGCUUUUUUUAAGGUUUAAAUAAACAAAGAAGUAAUUCUGAUAAAACUGA